UUUGUGGGUUGUGUUAAAGUUAAAUAAAAAUUGUUAAUUAUAAAAAAAAAUAAUGAUAGGGAGUUGUUGGCUCACCUACUAAAACUUGCAUCAGAUGAGGUGAGGCGGGGAAGGACAUUAAGGUCUGCCCCAAAGAGUACUCUAUCUGCCAUGUGACAUUAAGCAGAUACUGCAAGAAAUUACAAAACCUCAGAGAAAGAGGAUCAACACAGCUGCCCUGUGUUGGCCAUCACAUCAGUCAAAAAGUCUUCAAUGCGCAGCAAGAGGAUGUCUUGACUGGUUAGUGGACUGAGGCAGCAGACUUGUAUUUUGGACUCACUCCACGUGAGGUACUAAUCAUCUGACAGGUACAGCGCUCCGGAGUAACGUUAUGAGUGCCAAAGUGAACAUGGAGGCUCCACCCAAAGAACCCGAUCGCACACCUUUGGACCCGUCCUCAUCGUCCCCCAGCGAGACCGUCCUUGUCUGUGGGAGUGAUGGUGUGGCCAAAAAGGCUCGGCCCCAACCCCACACCACUACGACUUUCCUGCUACCCGCUCCUGCUGUCGGCCAUCAGAACCUGGAGGUGACUCCUGUUGCCAUCGGAGACCCAGGUAAAGGAGGCAGGACCAAUGAGACGGGUCCACCCACCCUGACAGCACAGGUGGGCGGGGCUUGUAGCAUCGUCCACGUUCUGGAGUGGAAGGAGGGGAUGGCCAUCCUGCCCAGCAGCAACCUCAAGUUCUGUGUGAGUGACGUGGGAACGCUGAGCACACUGAUCACCCCAGGGACCACCAGCAGCACCACUGCACCAGCAGUCGGGACUUCUGGGAGAUCCGCUGACGCAGAAAUUGCUCUAGCAGACAAGCCAGAUGUGUCGGCCCCUGUCGGCUCUGUGAGAAGUGCAGCUGUGGAGCCAGAGAGGUUGGUGCCGGUCAAACCUGAAGUCCUGGUUGGACUGGGACAACUGAUCCAUGAUCCCAGAGCUCAGCGGACCUACACAGAGGAGUUACGCCGAGAGGCCAUCACUGACAAGAGGAGUGUCGGGGUAGAGAAGGUGCCAGCAGGCGGGAGGGUCUCCUCCCUUAACCCCGAUCACCUGAAGCCCAUGAGGAAGAGGAAGAGGAAGGAAUACCUGAGUCCCUCUGAUGAAGACUCUGACAUCGAAGGCACGGAUGAGAAAAUUGAUGAUUCUAAAGCAGACUGCAGACACAUCAGAGGAGCUGGAGACAGUAAGACAGAGCUGUGGACGUGGACUCAAUAUCUGGAGGAAACCAAAGCUGUUGCUGCGCCCAACAAGCUUUUCCAAGAGACCCAGAGAGUGCCAACAGUGAAGAACGGUUUUAAGCAGGGGAUGAAGCUGGAAGGCAUAGACCCGCAGCAUCCGUCCAUGUACUUCGUUCUCACUGUGGCCGAGGUCUGUGGAUACCGGCUGCGGCUUCAUUUUGACGGCUACUCUGACUGCCAUGACUUCUGGGUGAAUGCCAACUCUCCUGACAUCCACCCUACAGGCUGGUGUGAGAGCACAGGACACAAACUGCACACUCCCAAAGGCUGUAAAGAGGAAGAGUUUACCUGGACCAACUACCUGAAAAUGACUAAAGCACAAGUGGCGUCUAAAGAACUCUUUGCCAGUCCUGGGAGGAUCGAUGUGAAGUGCAGUUUCGAGAUAGGAAUGAAGCUGGAGGCCGUCGACCGUAUGAACCCCUCCCUCAUCUGUGUAGCAACCGUCACUGAUGUUGUGGACGACCGCUUCCUGGUUCAUUUUGACAACUGGGAUGACACAUACGACUACUGGUGUGAUUCCAGCAGUCCGUACAUUCACCCUAUUGGCUGGUGCCAGGAGAGGGACCUCCCCCUAACACCACCCCAAGAUUACCCAGACCAGGGGCAGUUCUCCUGGUCUAAGUACCUGGAGGAGACUGGUUCCAAGGCGGUGGCCGCUGAUGCCUUUAAAGUGCGUGCGGCACACAGCUUCCAGCCUCAGAUGAAACUGGAGGCUGUGGACAAGAGAAGUCCUGGUCUGAUCAGAGUGGCUACAGUGGAGGAAGUCGAGACUCAUCGCAUUAAGGUCCAUUAUGACGGCUGGAGUCAUGUCUACGAUGAGUGGAUGGACUCAGAUCACCCCGACAUCCACCCAGCAGGCUGGUGUGAGGCCACCAAUCACCCGCUCAAAGUUCCCCCACGGGAGACCAAAACACUGCAGCCCCAUGGUAGCAACCAGCACUUCAGUCAAAACUGUGUGAGGGAACCUCCUGCUAUAGGCCAGUCCACCUACCCCUCCUCUGUUCCCUGUAAACCCAUCAGCCACCCCAGAGCCAACAAGUACAGCUUCCACAACAGGAAGUGUCCAACUCCUGGUUGUGAUGGUUCAGGCCACGUGACCGGUCGUUUUACUGCCCAUCACUGCAUAUCCGGCUGCCCAUUGGCUGAGCGUAACCAGGGCAGGCUGAAGGCUGAGCUGUCAGACUCAGAGUGCAAGAGGACCCUCUUCUUUGGCCAGAGGACCAAGAAGACCCAUUACCGUGGCAGGAUUGGCCGUCCUCCCAAAUACAGGAAGAACCAGCAGAGGGACUACCAGGACAUGUCCUCAGAGGGUGUGUAUCCGUCACUGUUCAUGUCGGCUCUGAGCAGUCAGUCAGACAGGACUCUGUCUCUGUGCUGGGAGCAGCACUGUAAGCUGCUGCCCGGCGUUCAGGGCAUUCACGCCAGCCAGGUGGCGGCAUGGAGUGUUGAAGAGGUUUUCAUGUUUGUCCAGAAUCUAAUCGGCUGUGAAGACCAGGCUCGUCUCUUCAAAGAAGAGAUGAUUGACGGGGAGGCCUUCCUGCUGCUGACCCAGACCGACAUUGUGAAGAUAAUGAGCAUCAAGCUAGGCCCCGCCCUGAAGAUCUCCAACGCCAUUCUCAUGUUCAAGAGCACAGACGAAGUACUCAAGUGAUCCUGCCCUCACCUGACCCGGGCCGUCAGGCUGCCAAUCAUCAUGUGCCAAAUUCAUUCUGUUGCAGGGAAAAGUCCCUGACCCCUUUUUCAUGUGUUUGGUGUCCUGUACC